CUUUGGUGGUCACGUGAUCUGUCAUAUUUGACUUUUGUUUUGAAUAGUCCAUAUUCGAUUUUUAAAUUAUAAAACUGAAAAGUGAUUGAAAAAAUGUCCCUUUCUGAGAGAGGCCAUUGAUUGCAGAUCAUUUUGGCCAAACUUCAAGUAGCAUUUUAAAACUAUUUAUGAAGCUAGAUGGAAUGAGCUUUAGACAUUAAAAAUUUUUCUUUGAACUCUCUGUAAUCACGUAAAAGUAGUAUUAGAUUAUAUUAAUUUCCUUCCAAAGUAUAUGAAUUAUGUAUAACAUAACAUUUGUAGAGAGUUCAGAGGAUGUGGAGUCCCUAGUGAACACAUUAAAUAUUGAAGGAGCAACUUUAACUGAAGGUAAUAUUUCGUUGACUACAACAGAUCUGCAGAGAUUAGCUGAAUUAUCACAAGAGCUCAGUUUUAACAACAGUAUGGAAACAGAAGAUACUGAAGUGAUAAUUGACGAUACAGAACAUAUUGAGGAAGAGAUAGUUGAAACUGAAAUAGGAGCAGAAGAAGUUGAGAUAGAGACAGAAAGGCAGCCUAGUCCAGAAGAAAUUUUACCAGACAUUAAAGGCAAAAGUAUUGUCCCACCCUUGAGACCUCUAACCAUCGCUCCUAAACCCACCAAAAUUACUCUCAAACCACUUCAAAGUGGACAGCAAUUACUUUUUGUCCAAGGUCAGAAUCUUACAACUAGCUCCGGUCAGACAGUUAAACUAUUGUCCCCUCAAGGUCAGGAAAUAAAUUUAGCCAAUCUUCAAUUAGGUAGGCCAAUAAAGCCUGCAAGUACUUUAAAAACAAUUACCGCCACUUCUGCAGGUAACAUCUCUGUGGUCCCACAAAAACAGUUAUUUGUCAGAAAGGUAGUAUCACCAAGUGGUUCAACUAAAAACAUAGUUAAACCACUUUACAGUACUAAAACGCAGGAGCAGCAUUUUAUGGUCGUGCAAAAGGCAGAACCUAACUCGACUACAACACAUGUGAAACUAGUUCCAAAUACUUCAAAUCUGACUCCCAUUGGCCCCACAAAAACCAUUACAUUACAACAAGCCCAAGAAAUGGGGCUUUUAACCAAUGCGAAAUACGUUCCGCAAACUCCGCCAAAAGCGACCCUGGUUUUGAACAAAGGGGGCACGAAAACUUUGAAACUAGUAUCACAGGUGCCUGGACAAACUCAUCAGCUGAUGACUAAUGUGGGUGGUAACGUAAAAGCUCUGACUUUGAGCCCGGUUAAAUCUCCCACGAAAAUUUUGCCCGCCCAGAAAGGUACACAACAUAUCAUUUACAAGAAACCGAGUGUGGCGCAAUCCAUCUUGCCUCAAGCGCAAGUCAUACAGGUGGCCGGAGCUCAAACCCUGAACGCGGGGCAGCUUCACCAAAUCAAUAUACCAGGAAAAGGGGUUCAGUACAUAAAAUUUGUGCCAUCGACUACUGUUGCCCCAUCGCCUACGACAACUGUCACAGUUAGUACUGCCAACACGAAACCUAAUCUUUCCCUGCAUACUACCCCGGGAGGAAGUCUUGUCUUCUCAGAAUUGGGUACGUCUUCCAACCAUACGAACCAGAAGAAUGUUAAGCCUGUGGUUAUAAAUAAGCCGGUUACAGUUAACACCCAAGUAGUCAUGCUGCCUUAUUUAUCGACCACCCACACCAAUGCUGCUCCUGCGAAGUUGGCAAUACCGAAACAGAGCCCCAAGUCCUCAUCUAAUCCUUCUGGUGCUACCUCUGCUUCGGGUUCUGACAGAUCUCAAAACUCAGGUGAUACCCCACCCGACAGUAAUGGAAUGAGGACUAGAAAGCCUUGCAACUGUACGAAAUCUCAAUGUUUGAAACUCUACUGCGAUUGCUUCGCAAACGGAGAGUUUUGUUAUCAAUGUAAAUGCAUGUUCUGUUUCAACAACUUAGAGAACGAAGAAUAUAGACAAAGAGCUAUAAAAGCUUGUUUGGAGAGGAACCCAAAUGCUUUCAGGCCGAAAAUUGGAAAAGCCAAAGAUAUGGGGGACGUCUCCAUCAGAAAGCACACGAAAGGAUGUAACUGCAAAAGGUCUGGUUGUUUAAAGAAUUACUGCGAAUGCUAUGAGGCGAAGAUAGCAUGCUCCAGUAAUUGUAAAUGCGUAGGCUGUCGCAACAUCGAGGAAUCCUUGGAAAGGAAGAACUUGAGAAGUGUAAUAAAUAACGGGGUAUCGAUGGCUCCAAUGGAAAGGAUAGUGCCGAAGGUUAAUAACACCGUGCCUUUACCGAAACCCAAAAGUUCAAAUACAAGUCGGCAAGCAGUGAAUUUCAUAACAGACGAUGUAAUUGAGGCAACUUGUCAAUGUCUACUUUCGGUCGCUGAUAAAGGAACUGAAAAUAUGCAGGAUGUGGAAACGACAACUAGGGAAAUUAUCCAAGAGUUCGGAAGGUGUCUUAAUGAAAUAAUCGAACAUUCGACAAAUAGAAGUCCUUGAAUUAUUGUUAAAACCUCAAUAAUUUUGUAUAGUACAAUUGAACUAGUUUUUAAGUGUAAAUUGUUUUAAAUAUAAUUUUUCAAAAAAAAAAAAAAGAUACAGAACAAGAUUUGGACGGAUAUGUUGAAUUAUUUUUAAUUAUAACCCAAAUUUUUAUCGAAACUUGUUUAUAUGUAUUUUUCUUGCGUUUAAAAGGUGUAUUGCAAAAACGGAAAUUUUUGGGUGGAUUAUUUAUUAUUAAAUUGAUUUUUUAUCUUGA